AUUUUUGAAAUUUAUUUGCCAUGGGUACUAAUUUACCCAAUAUUUUUGCCCCAAAGAUUGCAACAUUCGUAGAAUCUCUCCUGACUGAAGGAAAAGUUGGAAUAUGUGCUGGGUCUGUGCGAGUAACAGACAUAAAAUCAGGGGCUCCAUCUCUGACCAACAUACCAUGUGGUGAUAGAUUUAAAGUGGUUAUUCCCUAUGCUGGAAAUUCUCUCACGUGGGAGAUUAUAUUCAACAGUUGUUCUCCAGAUGAUCCACCAGAUUUCCUUUUUAGUGCAGAAGACAAGGACUUUUGGCCACAAAUUGAAAAUAUAAGUCAUUUAGCCAAUUGGGACAAUACAAAUCCCAGGUCUCUUUUUCUGGUCAUACAAGAACUGUUGGAAGAAUACAAAAAAUAUCACCAGUCUCUGAAGGAUGAGAAUGCCAGACUGCAGUGGGAAUAUAAUGCUUUGAUGGAGCAGGAUAACUUUAGUCCAGAGAAUGUGGAAGUUUGGGUCAAUAAAAAGGGCAAUAGACUAGGCCCUAUCAAUUUUCUGAUGAGGUUGGAUGUAGAUUUCUCCAAAAUACCACCCUACCUUAUAGGAUGCAGUCCUGGUGAAGACUCUGCAGUCCUGUUGGUAACAUUCCAGUACCCAGACGGAGGGAAGGUCUUACCACAGUUGUACUUGUCACCCAGAGUGGAACAUGCCCUUGGUGGUGCAGCUAACCUUAGAAUUCCUGCUUUCCCAAGUGGAGGUUGCCUGAUUGAUUAUGUGCCAAAUGUUAGAGAGUUGUUGAAAAAUAAGGUUGAUCAGAUUGUACAAGGACAUGACAGAAGGAAAGAAUAUGUAGCAGCUUGCCUUAGUGCAUUUGGAAGGUCAAUUAUAGAAUAUGAUGCUGAAAGCUUUUUCAAGAUUUCAUUUCUACUGGAAUGGAAUGAUUUCUUUUUCAUAGUGCACAUCGAGUUACCCCUGUACUUCCCAGUGGACAGUCCCUCUCUCACUGUACAAUCAGUCUACCAUGAGUCCGGGGGAAGACCAUACAGUAAAGUGACCAGGGAGUACCCCUAUAGUCCAAGGUGGUCUGGGAAUGAAAUGGUAGAAAGAGUCAGAACAUAUCUGCUUGAAAAUAUUGCAGCUUUUCAAAGGGCUUCAGUACAGAAUGGCAGUCUUUCAUGACUGAGAUGGACUGAAGUUGGCAAGUUCUUCCUGCCUCUAUAAAAAAUAAACCUGCAUUUGCCUUUGCCAUUGAAUGGCAGUUUGAGACAGCAUUACUGGCGGUUCUAUCUGGUGUGAACACCUUAAGCUUGGUGAUAUAUGUGGAUGCUAUUAAUUAUUGAAUGGAUUAACUCUUAUGUGAGAGACAUGGUUUAAAGCAGCAGUAUCAACAAAGACAAAGAAAACCUGUUUUAAUGCAUUAAAAGAUUUAUUAACAAAUGGUCAGAAUACAUAACCAGAGAGGAGUAUUUUUCAUGGCAGUGAAGAAUUUAUAUCAACCUUUCAAAUUUCUGGCUUACUUGUUCUGAUAUAUCUUGUAAAAAAGCUGCUAAAUCAGUUUUACUUGGAAAAGUUGUAGAAAAAAAAAAGAAACUCGCUAAUUCAGUCAUGUAAUAUCAUUCUUGACUUGUACCUUUUAGUGUUAACUAUUAUACAUAAAUACCAUUUUAAACAAUUCCAUAUUUAUAUAAAAUGCAAUUUAAAAUGAUUGAGGGUACUGUGCCUUGUAUUUUCUCUUUUGUAUAUUGAGCCUUAAUAGUCUUCUGGAAUUAUUGAACAUCAGUUUACAAUUAUUGGACAUUUGUAAUCUCAUAGUGAAAAAAAAAUCAUUUGUGAGACAGUAUCACUUAAUGAUAAAUAAAUUAUACUAUGCCUAAUAUGUCUUUUAAGAUAUGCCUUUUAUUAAAAUACAUUAUAUUCAUA